CACCAUUUCACACAAGCGAAGAGAGGUGAGGAGGAAAAUGGGAAGAAUCCAAGAGCAAACUCACCUCCCUCACGCUUCUCAGCCUGAGGCCACGGCCCAAGCCUCCUCUCGCUCACCUUCCCACCACUCUUACCACCCUCCUGAAACUGGGAUUAGUUCACUUCCACAGUUCCACCAAAGCGAUCCAGCGUUGACAACUCAAAAUUAUGCAGUUGGUAUUCCCUCUCAAGCGCCAUUUCAAAACAAUCUGCAACACGUCUCUCCUCUGCAAGCUAAUAAUGAGAACACGGCUACAGGGUAUUGGAGCACCGGCCUCUUUGAUUGCAUGGACGAUCCGAACAUUGCUCUCACAACCGCAAUUUUCCCUUGCGUUACUUUUGGGCAAAUAGCAGAUGUUCUGGACAAUGGCCACACAACUUGUGCUACCAGUGGCAUCAUCUAUGCUUUCGCUGCUUGUCUGUUAUCAUGGCCCUAUAGAGGAAAGUUGAGGCAGCGGUUUGGAUUAAUGGAGGCCCCAGCCUCAGAUUGUAUGGUUCACUGCUUGUUUGAACCCUGUGCACUUUGCCAAGAAUAUCGGGAACUCAAGAAUCGGGGGAUCAACCCUGCUCUUGGAUAUCAUGGCAACAUGAACCAAUUGUGUCAAAAUCCGCCAGAUUUAGCUACUAUGGUGCCACCAACAAAUCAAACGAUCAACUAGAAUGAGUUGCUGUUUAAGCUGGCAUGUCCUGGAAGAAUGCAUGCCCCCAACAUCCAGUACCUGUUUGGUAGCUUGAAUUGAUACUUUUAGCUCUCCCCGUUCUGUUCUUAUUUGAUUUAUAUUGUA